UACCUUUCCUUAAUUAAAUAAUCGACUCCCGUUUUACCGGAAACAAAACUUGGCUUUUUCACUUCUCUCACUUGCCCUCUCCGUCGCUCACUCUCAAAUAAACCCACCAUCUCCCUCAAACUCGCUCUCGCACUCUGCCUCUCUCUCUCUCGUCUCCAUCUCAUCACAGGAUAUUUUUUCCUUGUACAUGGCAUCCUUGUCAGCCCAAGCUGAUUAUGCUGCAUUUGAAGAGAGGAGGAAACGGACAGUCUAUCUUGAUAACCUCUCACCACAAGUCACUGAACCUGUGGUGAGAAAUGCUCUCAAUCAAUUUGGGAAUGUUAAGAGCGUGCAAUUUAUUCCAAACUACAUCGAACCAAGGAACAUCCCGCAAUGCGCAUUGGUGGAGAUGGAAAACACAAGGCAAGCUGAAGCUGUUUUGUCUGAGAUCAAACAAUUUCAUUUUAUGAUAUCUGGGAUGCCAAGGCCGGUGAGGGCACGUCAUGCAGAAGUGGGGAUGUUUGGUGAUAAACCUAAUAUGCCUGGUAGAACGAUACGGUGCCAUUGGUUGGAUGAGAGCAAUCCUAAUUUCAAAAUUGCACAGAAAACAAAGGCUCUUAUCUGGAAAAAUGCUGCUGAAUCUGCAUUCUUACAGAAGCAAAUACUGCAAGAAGAAGAGAAACUUGCAAGGCAGCAGGAUGAAACUCUGAAAGCAAAUUACAAGAAGUUCGAGUUGAUAGACAGCAUCACUUUGAAUGAUAAAACUGGUCCUGCAGACAAGUUAGCGAAGCAUUAUAACCUGAAGAUUGCACAUGAUUGAAGAGGUUCUUUGUAGAUUAACAUUGCAUUGUGAUUGAAUGCCCCAUUUGUGAAUACAUCAAAGCAGGAUGAGCAUUGUUUUACAAAUUUAGACGUUGCUUAACUCAGUUCAUAUCACGAGAACCAAGGUUAGAGGACUGUGGUAUACAGUUUUAAUCCCCAACUUUUGUAAAAAGCAUUGCACAUGCUAACUAGACGAAUUGCUCUUUUACCUUUUGGUUAUUAUGUUAUUCUCUCUCCCUCUCAAUUGAUCUGAGGGGACUCUGAA